AGAGUCAGAGCUUAUAGACACUUUUGAUCGUACGAGUAUUUAUUUGCCAGUUGAAACCCUAGCACAAAAUUUCGACUUAUUCAGUUAAUUCAGAUCUUUUGCCACAGUCAGUUAUACGAUAAUGUGGUUGUUCGCGUUUUUCGCAAUUGGAAUUUUAGCCAACACAAUAAAUGUGACACAGGCGUUCGAUUAUAAAUGUAACCUUACGGCAAAGGGAAGUCCAAAAUUUCCGGAAAGUUUUAGUUUUGGUGUCUCGACAGCAGCUUAUCAAAUUGAAGGCGCCUGGAAUGAAGAUGGCAAAGGUGAAUCGAUUUGGGAUCAUUUUACACACAAUUUUCCAGAGAUGAUGGAUGAUCGAUCGAAUGGUGAUGUAGCGGCUGAUUCGUAUCAUCGUUUCGAUCAGGAUUUGGCAGCUUUGAAGGAGUUAAAAGUAACUCAUUAUCGAUUCUCAAUUUCAUGGCCCAGAAUCUACCCCACCGGUGACAUUUCAUCCAAGAAUCAAAAAGGAAUCGAUUACUAUAAUGGUGUUAUUGAUAAGCUCCUUGCUAAUGGUAUUCAACCAUUAGUUACAAUGUUCCACUAUGAUCUUCCAAUAGAGAUUCAAAAACUUGGUGGCUUUGCCAAUCCAUUGAUUAUAAAUAUGUUCGUAACGUACGCCAUAGAAUUAUUUGAAAACUUUGGUGACAGAGUGAAAUUAUGGAAUACAUUUAACGAACCUUUUGACUAUUGCAAACCUGGUUAUGCCGAUGCCAAUUAUCCACCCCAGGUGCAUGCCCCCGGUGUAGCUGACUAUCUUUGUAUGGAUCAUUCUUUGAAAGCACAUGCUGCCACCUAUCGGACUUAUCGGGCGAAAUUCUAUGAAAAACAACGUGGAAAGAUUGGAUUGACGUUAAGUAGUCGAUUUUUCUUCUCACAUACAAACAACGCGGAAGAUAUUUCUAGAGGAAUGCAGUUUAAUUUGGGUUUCUUGGGUCAUCCUAUUUGGAGCAAUACCGGUGGAUAUCCUAAAGCUAUGGUUGAAACCAUCCAAAGUAACAGUCUAAAAGAAGGAAGGAUAUCAUCAAGGUUGCCCCGACUUGAUGGAAAGUGGAAGGAAAUUGUUAAAGGUGCCGCUGACUUUUUGGGUCUCAACUACUAUACAUCAAGAUACAUUAGACGUGCAAGUAAGCCAAUGGGAGAAAGUCCUUCAUGGGAAAGGGAUUACGAUUCAGAUGCGUAUCCAGAUGAGACAUGGGUUAGAGGUAAACCCGAAUGGUUGUAUUGCGUUCCUGAAGGACUUGAGGGCAUCCUGAAGUACAUACGGGAUGAAUUUGGAAAUCCAGAGGUGAUAAUUACUGAAAACGGCUGGUCCGAUGACGGCGAUCCAGAAGAUGAUGAUCGUAUUUAUUUCAUAAAGGCUCACAUGCAAGCAGUGUUGAAUGCUGCCAAUGAUGGGUGCAAUGUCACUGGUUAUACUGUUUGGAGUUUGAUUGAUAAUUUCGAAUGGCAAAAAGGAUACACGCACAAAUUUGGGCUGUAUGCUGUAAAUAUGACAAGCCCUAAUAAAGAGCGUAGUCCAAGGAAGUCAGCAAAGUAUUAUAGAAACGUAAUUGAAACAAAAACCCUUCCAAGUAUUGUUUAAAUAUAUUUAUGUAAUAUUAAAAUAUGUAUGUAUUUUUAAAAUAAAAUAUUAUUUUUUAAAAAAU